AGUUGGUUUUGAGAAAUUUUGCUUGUGUUGAUUUUCUGGGAAAAUGAGCUGCUCGCCUUAUCCAGCAGACAAGGUGGCUUGUCUGAGCCAUGACGAUCUCUUGGAGGAAUACAGGCAGAUGGAGAGAACGUUUCGAAGCCUUCAGAAACAGAUGGAAAGUGGAAAACAGCAAAUCUACGAGCUUAACCGGAAUCUUCAGUCAGGAAAAGCGACACAGGACUACUUGUCUUCAGAGCUGGAGUCUCUUCAGUGCUCGCGGGAAGCUGAGCUGAGGAGUGUGGGGCAGAAGUACAGUGUAGAGAUUGAGAAACUAAAGGCUGAGAUUGGGAAUCUACAGAGUGACCGGGCGUGCCUCGAGAAGCAGCUGGAAGAGAUGAGAGAAAGCCUUGACAGUCAGGAGAAGAAUUUCCAGAGACAAUUGGCCGAGAAGGAGGCAGAGAAGUCGCUGAAUGUGUCCAGAAACGAGCCCUCUUUCGACGCCAAUGCCUAUCAGCUGGUCGAGAAGGUGAAUGAGUUGGAGGAGCAAGUCUUCACGUUGACCAAUACGCGCCAGGAACUCACACAGGAGCGCGAGAAGUUGCUGGACAAAGUCGGGGCGUUGCAAGAAACGGCGCAGAUUCGUUUGGAAGAGCUGGAGGAGAAAAGCCAGGUGAUUGAAGAGCUUCAGGCCAAACUGUUCGAGGUUAACAGCGAACUGAUAGGUCUCAAGAAUGAGGAGCCUGAUGCAAUGAACCGCAAAGGAAACUCACUCUUCGGCGAGGUUGACGAUCAGCGCCAAAAGAUGAAGUCCAUUCUGGCGGCUCAAUCGAAGAAGUACAAUGAGAUGAAGACUGCUCACCGGGAAAGUCAGCGGGAGAUCAAGCGUCUGAAGCAGGAGAACGCAGGGAUCAUGGAUGAAUUGAGCUGUAUAAAGAGGAUGUUUGAGCGCGCGGACAUGACGUACAAGAACGAGCUCUUGGCAUACACUGGCGAUCUGAAGAGGACGAUUGAAGCGCUGAACGAGAAGAUCGUCUGGACAGAGGAGAAGCUCAUCCGGACAACGAAGGAGCAGGGCGUCAACUGGCUGGACGAAAUGCUGAAAUACAGCGACAAUCAAGUGAGCAAAGUGAAGACGAACUUCGAGCGAGUGUGUCUCCAGAAGAUCCAACUGGAGGACAGCCAUCACAAGAUGCAGCAAGAUCUGGCGAAGUGGCGCUACAAGUGCCUGAAGUACAAGUGUGCCCUCAUCAACAGGGACCUUCUACUCGAGGAGCGCGGCGUGAAAGUCCCUGAUGUGCAAGAUGUGCCGGUGAAUUCCGACGUUCAGGUGGACAUUGACAAUCUGGAGGACACUUUCGAGCGCCAGAUCACACUUAAACCGCUCUUGGAAGUCUCCGUGGCUGAAGAGGAGCCGUGCGAGAAGGAGAAUUCGUCAGAAGCUGCCAAUAAGAUCCAGUAUCGCGACAUGAAUUGGCCCGUGGGAGCCCUAAAAGCGCCCAUGGAUGCGCGCAGGAAUGAAAGGCGAGCGAGUAGUCCUGUAGCUGUGUAUUUAGAUUCUAAGUCAGACACAUCAUCCAAAGGCGAUCCUCCCGGCACUGAGAUUCUGGCGCCAGAGGCAAGGAAAUGCAAGGCGCCCUCUUUCACCGUCAGGAAGAUCGUGUUCAGAAAAUGAGUCAAGU